CAAAUAGAUGCAUAGUUCAAUUAAGUUCAAAUUUCAAAAUCAUUCUUUUCUUUUUGUUCGAUGACUCGUUAUUAUAGUAUAUCGAUCCAAUUCUAAAUCGAAAGUAAUUCAUUGUCACUGAUUUAUUUUUUACUCAUAAUAACCCCAAAUGGAAAAUUAACUAGAACCAAAUUACAAGAAACUUAACAUCCUAUUCUAGUAGUAAUUUAUUAAUUCAAAAUCAUCAUUGACUACUAUUUGAGAAAUGAGAAGGGAAUUUCUGUCUUGAUCAGUGAAUUGCUCAAUUGGGCUCAAAGAACCCAGUUUGCCUUAGAGGCCUGGUAGUGAGCCCAACUUCGAUCCGUAAGCGUGAAACUACGUCAUUUUCAUUGCGCCAAGCUCAUGCGGACGCCAGAGCGCCACCGGGCACCCAAAGUCCCCAAACUGAAGAAAUCCAGAAAACCAGAAAUCUAUCCGUUCCAGAUGAACAUGCAAACUGCCUUCUGCCAUUUCUUCAGGUAUCCAAAGCCAUAGCUUCCUGACAUUCUUGCUUCUUACUUCAAGUGCUGCGGAAAGGAAACCUUAGCAUGCUUUAUUGCUCUCGUGCUGGAAUUUUGGGUUGUGGGUUUUGCUAUGAACUUGUGAAUUUGCUGGAAAGAUGCAAGCUUUGAGUGUCUGGCCGUCAAAAUCUAGCUUAUGGACGCUUCCCCAAGUCGAAUCGGACUUGGCUUCGUGCCUUUACAGCUGUAGAAGGAAGAAAGUUGGCAUUUUUGCUGUUUCUUUGUUUCAUAAUUCAGUUUAUUAUGGUCAUUUCCUAGUUUCUGCUGGUUCAAGGUAUGGUAGAAGCAGUAAUGUGUUUACGUGUAGAUACCCUAAGCUAGGACUUCAUAUUUUUGCUGAGAAAAAGAAAGAUUGUGUUUGUUCAUCUGUUGCAUCAGCAUGGGAAUUGGAUGAAGAAGAGACACAGAUUCUUGUUCGUAGUAGUACUCAAUCCAACACAGAGAAUGAGAACAUCGAUGGAGAAUCUCAUGAAUGUGAUAGGGUAGGUGCCACUAAUGGGAUCAGUAAUCCGGAUGGGAAGAUCGAUGUUCGAGAGCUGGCCAAGAGCUUACAUGCUGUUGAAACAGCAGAUGAUGUAGAGGAGGUUCUUAAAGAUAUGGGGAUAUUCCCAAUUAAAGUGUAUUCAUCGUUGAUCAGGGGUUUUGGUUGGGACAAGAAGAUGAAGCCAGCAUUGGCAGUAGUGGAUUGGCUCAGGAGAAAGAAGGUAGAAACUGGUGGUGCUUUUAUUGGUCCCAACCUCUUUGUCUACAACAGCCUGUUGACAGUUGUAAAAGAUUGCGAACAGUAUCAAGAAGCUGAGAAAGUAGUGAAUGACAUGGCUCAUGAAGGGAUCCAUCCCAACGUCGUGACUUACAACAUCUUGAUGAUGAUCCAUGUCGAGCAGGAACAACCCUCCAAGGCUCUCGAUAUCUUCGAACAGAUUUGUCAGAAGAGCUUUACACCAUCUGCUGCUUCCUAUUCGAUUGCCUUGAUGGCUUACCGAAGGAUGGAAGAUGGAGAUGGAGCGUUGAAGUUCUUUGUAGAGUUCAAGGAGAAGUAUAUAAAAGGGGAGAUAGGGAGAGAUAAUGGUGACGAUGAGGAUUGGGAAAAGGAGUUUGCUAAACUCGAGGACUUCACGAUCAGGAUUUGCUAUCAGGUGAUGAGGAGAUGGCUCGCGAGGCUUCAAGACAUGAGCACAGAAGUGUUCAAGCUUUUAACCAGUAUGGAUAAUGCAGGUCUUCAAACGAGUCGAGCAGAAUAUGAACGACUCAUCUGGGCUUGCACGCGCGAGGAUCAUUAUCGUGUGGCCAAAGAGUUGUACACACGAGUCAGAGAAAGAUAUCCUGAAAUAAGCUUGUCUGUCUGCAACCAUUUGAUUUGGUUGAUGGGAAAGGCGAAGAAAUGGUGGGCAGCUUUAGAAAUUUAUGAAGACUUGCUAGACAAGGGACCAAGCCCUAAUAACUUAUCGUCCGAGCUAAUCAUCUCUCAUUUCAAUGUCUUACUGGCCGCUGCUAGCAAACGAGGGAUUUGGAGGUGGGGAGUUAGAUUACUUAACAAGAUGCAGGAUAAAGGACUUAAACCCGAGAGUAGGCAGUGGAAUGCAGUUCUCGUGGCUUGCUCAAAAGCUGCUGAAACUUCUGCUGCUGUGGAGAUAUUCAGGAGAAUGGUCGAGCAAGGCGAGAAACCAACAAUUAUCUCCUACGGUGCACUUCUCAGUGCACUCGAGAAGGCCGGACUCUACGAGGAGGCCUUUCGCGUAUGGAAUCACAUGCUGAAAAUGGAAGUCCAACCCAACUUGUAUGCAUACACCAUCAUGGCCUCUGUGCUAACCGGGCAAGGCAAGUUCAGGCUCGUCGACUCCAUAAUCAAAGAGAUGGUUGAUGUCGGUAUUCCACCCACAGUUGUCACGUACAACGCCAUCAUCAGUGGGUGUGCGCGUCUUGGGUUGAGCAGUGCAGCGUACGAGUGGUUUCAUCGCAUGGAGAAGCAGCAGGACGUGGAGCCGAACGAGAUCAGUUACCAGAUGCUGAUUGAAGCUCUGGUGAGAGAUGGGAAGCCGAGGCUUGCCUACGAGGCGUACUUGCGUGCUCAAAAUGAUGGCCUUGUGCUUUCGUCGAAGGCCUAUGAUGCUGUUGUGGAUGCUUCUCGGGCUUCAGGUGCCACCAUUGAUGUGAGCUUGCUGGGAGAUCGGCCACCGGAGAGAAGGAGAGGAGGAGGUGGAAUGAGGAUUAGGAAGACGCUGACCGAGUUUACGAGGUUUGCUGAUGUUCCCAGGAGAAGCCAACCGUUUGACAAGAGGGAAAUCUACUAUAGACAAGGAAGGGAAAGCUAAUGCAUGAUGAAUAUGUAAGACUGCUGUGCUUUAUUCUUUUGUGUCAUUUUGUAUAUUUGGGUUCUUACUAGAAACUGUCACUGACCAAAUUAAAUCUUGGUUUACUACUACUAUUCCUUCCAUAAGAUGUAAUGGAAGUUGUUAACUUUAUUAGCCUACUUUGUCAGUUUCUACCAUUGAAGCUGGUGCACUAAGCUAGAGCUACUAGAAAAAUCUCAGUAUGCAAGUAAAGCUUCAACCUUCUGGAGCUGCGGCGCCAUAGGCAAAUUGAUUAGAGCAUGUAAAUAAAGGCAUCUGGUGCUACCGGCUCAAAGGAUCUUUGCAGAAGCAUUUGAUAGGAAGACAUCGAAUUCGAACUUGAGACCUUCUUUAGGUGAAUUGUGUCUCAACAACCUUUUUCUUUUUUUUGGUAUCUUGGCGCACUAAUAUGACUUUUAAUAUGAUAAGAUAAGUCUAGUUUUAAAGCAUUUUCUUUUGAACAUCCUCACUGGUUGUGCCUUUCCAGGCUUUUUCAAGUCUUUUAAAUUUGUAAUGGAGCAUUAUUAUAUAUCAAGAUAAGAGAUUCAAUUAUAAUGAAGUGGCUAAAGUACAAAGGACGGGAAAGCAUUGGUAAUUAGGUUAUGGUUUGUUCAGACAAACAACAGAAGAAUCAAAGAACAUAUACAAUAUAUUCGAUUUGUCUGUUGUCCCUUCUUUUCUAGCUACACACUAUUCUUGGAAUAAAAAAAGGAGGUAUGAGUAAAUCCAAUGCAAGAAUGUGUGCAAAUAGCUAAAAUUUGAGUCUUGUGUGAUGGAAUGAAUUCUAGAAAGAGGCCAAACAUUGAGACCAUCAUCACAGAUUUAGAGUCAUAUUAUACUCUAGAGCAAUUAAUAGGGAAAUAAACUAGUUUGUGUCACUUUGUUGUUGCUUAAAAAAUAAAUCAGGGUGUUCAGA